GCCGUGAACAUCGGCCGUACCGCGCAAGUCGCGCCGCGGGAAAAAUCCGGGAUCCUUAGUAACCGCGUCACCGUAAUCGGAGCGUCGAGCGUCGACCGCCCCACGGCCGACGUCAGUAGCGCCCGUAGCGCCGUAGUCGUAGAUCCGCGUUCGGUGUGGACGGCUCUCCGGUAAACUACAAUUUAUCGAUUGACUAGUUUUCUUUAUUUUAUUUUAUUUUUUCCUAUUCGUUUCCCGCUCAUCAUUACCAUAUCGGUACUAUUUAAGUUUUAAACCGCGAAUUUUUCGCCGUUUAACAAUUUUAUAACGAUACCUGCGUUUAUAUUAUAUUACACGCUCGUUUAUUUUUUUGAUUUUUCGUCAUUACAAUCGCCGUCCCGGAGUGUUAUUCUACUACCAGCGUCUACUAAGCUGUAAAAUACCUACGAAUAUACAAUAUACCUACCUAAAAACACUUACACAUACACACACACACCCACCUAGGUACUUAUAUUUCGAUAGAAAAGUGAGUUGGACGAUUUUAAUUACAUACUAUGUUAUACACCUAAUAUUAACCGCCUAUUAUUUACAUAAAUUGUCCGUUAAGGUUAUUCAUCAUAUUAUUAUGCAUUGGGCGUAUGUAAAAUAUAAUUAUUAUAUUAAAUAGGUACCAUACUAUACUCGACGUUUAUGGAAGUUUCGUUAAUUUAGAUACCUACUUGAACGCCUUCGCACUUAAUAUAUAAUAUUGCAAUAUGCUCGGUCACUUAAUUUAACGUCUUCUCUGCUGCAUCGCGUAGAUACUUUUCCAUACAAAUAAUAUUACGAUUACUAUUAACUAGACAAUAAUCAACUAUUAGGUACUACUUUUAGUGAUAUUUCUCUCGUGAAUUAUUAAUAAUUAUAAUUAAUGAUCAAUUAUUGUUUUUUUUUUUUUUUUCUAUUCUUUUUACUGUUUCGUCAGGAAGACAAUGCUGCAAUAUCUGUAUCAGUGACUAUUUUUUCAGACUUAUUCUGAAAAACUGAAUAUUCUCCAAGAUAAUAUGAAUAUUUUAUCGAGGAUUGAUUACACUAUAAAUAUUUAAAACAAAAUGUUUUCUUGAAGUCUGCAAAACCUCGUAGUUAUAAUAAAAAUGCAGGAGACAGGUGCAUAUUUUAAUUUUUCGUAGUGCACAUUUGGGAUUUUGUAGUGCACAAAAUGUUUCGCAAUGUACACAAAAAUAGCUACAAAUUUUGUAUUAUUAUUUCGAAAUUACAAAACACAAGAACUCUAGUAUCCACGUGUAUUAUAAUUUAUAAUAUAGCCUAUAUAGUGUGGUGGUAGGAACCUAUUCAAAACCGAUCGAAUAUUACUUGAGUUGCAGGUUCGCAAUUAUAUAACAUAUUAUAUUCGUUUCUCACAAUAUUCAGAGUAUACGUCAUACAACCGCACAACAUAGCAAAUUUUAGUUCAGCAGGGACAACUCUAUACUGUAGUUCGUUUUGAUAUUAUUGUUUUUAGGCCUAUUAUAUCAAACUUAAAUUUAAGAACAUUAUCUAUGUCGAAAUAUCGUUUUAGAUUUUGAACGAAGCGGAAUAUAUUGGUUCUACAAUGGUGUUUAUUUUUUUUUUUUUUUUUUUUUGUACUGUGAACGAAAAUUCAACCAGAAAUCUAAAUGCGAUAUUUAAGUCUAGCACCAUAAAUAAAAGGAAAUUUUCUUUUUUAGGAAGAUAAUUUUGAUUUUACCAAGGGUUAUCAAAAUAAAUGGUAAAAGUAGGGAAAAUGUACGAAAAUAAUGCUUUUAUUUUUUCAAUUUUGUUUUUUUGUUAUUCAGUUUAAAAAUGUUCAUAGAGACUUGGAAUUUGGACAAAAGCCUUAUAUUUGUCUUUUAUAGAUGUAAUAAAAUUUCAAAAUGUUUGAGCUAUUUAUAGAAUUUUAGGAACCCUGUGGAUAAAAUUGUUACACCAAACAGAAAUGUUUGAAAAUUUAACAGGAGGUUCUUUAUAAGUUGUAUUUACUAGCCGACCAAAGAAAAAGUUGAGUUUAUUAUGGUACUUUUUUUAUGUAAGAAUUUUAAUAUCAAAUUUUGACGAAAAUCGUAAAUAUUACAGCCUUUUAAAACAUACAAAAUCGAACUCCGCUCAGAAUAGUUUUUCAUUAGCAAUGAUUAAUCCUUGCAUUCAAAAUGUAUUAAAUUAUCGUCUAUACUCUAGCUUCCCAACUUUUCAUCUACAACAGUGGCUCACCCAUCUUGCGAAAUAUGUCUGUCUUUUUUUCGUAAUUUUAAUUUUUAAGCGAGAUAAGAAUCUCUGAAAUAUCACGAUUUAAAAAUGCUUCCAUCUCGCUUAAAAAUUUAAAUAAUGCGAAAAACUUUAUUUAUAAGUUUAAUAAUAAAUCGAUUCAUUCUAAUAUUACAACUAAUAACACAGAGUUGUUUCUGCUGAAUAGAAAUUUGCAAUACCAUACAGAAGACAGCACAUGCGGGUAUGGCGAAUUCUUCAUAAAUAAAUUUGAUCAAUUUGAAUAUAGAUACCGCUAUCAUUAUAUAAUCCAAAAAUAUUAGUGUAAAUCUAAAAAAAAAACAUGAUUGAGAUACGCAUUUAUUAUUAUGUUGAUUAUUUAAUGCCUAUGCUAAUUUAUUAUUAACCUAAACACUUUAUUUACUACCUAUUAUGUUUUGUUAGGUAUUAUUAUUAAUUUUUUUAACUAUAUAUACAGUUAAUUAUCAUAAUACUUAUUUGAGCAGAGCUUGUGCCACUAACGUGCAAUUGUUUACAGAAUAAGCAGUUCUAAAUUAAAUUAUGAUUUUUAAUAAAUAUAAUUUAACAAUUAUUUGCAGUAUAAUUAUCAGAAUUAUACUUAAAAAGCAUCGCAAUUAUUUUAAUAGUGCGUGUUUUUUGAAACUUCGAAUGAAAAUAUUAAUAUGAAUUGGAAAAUAUACCGAUAAAUAACGAUAAAGAACAAGACAUCAAACAAAAAAAAGGUAGAUAUUUUUUUUAACAAAUCGUUAAAAACAUUGAUUGGAAAAAAUAUUGGACCAUCUCCCAAAAUGUUUUCCAGCACGGUCUUGAACGUAUAGUUCUAAUAUUUGAUUAGCGUAAGCUCUGUUCAAUAUAAGUAAAUUUCGAAUUUCAUUAAAUGACGUUUACUGUUAAGAUUAAUUUCUUUUGUUAUUCUUUCUAAACGCACGUUGUAUUAUAUUAUGGUACUUUAGGAAAGUAUACGAUAUAUUAUUUUUUGGUUUAGAAAGUAAAAUUAUCAGUGCGUAACACAAUAAAAUCUUCUUAUGUUAUAUAGUAAUUGAUAUAAUAAAAAAAACUUGGUGAAGGGCACCACCAUUACGUUUUGUUGUGUAUUUUUAACAUCGCUUAUUGUUAUUUUUAAUAAUAUACGAAAACAAAAAUUUAAAUAUUGUAUAUUUUUAAGUGUAGAUUUUUAGUGUUGUAAAUAUAAAACAUAUUUCAAUAAUAAUUGUAUUUUUAUUUUUUUCAGAUAAAAAAUAUAUAUAUUAUUUAUAUAUUCUAUUACACUAUAAUACAAUAAGUGUAUAUCAUCAUCAUAUAUAAUUAGAUGAGAACAUCGUUGUUAUUCAAAUAUAAACUCAUAUAAAAAUAUAGAAUAUUUAUUAUGUUUUUGAUAUUAUUGACGGUCGUUUUUUUAUAAAGUGUAAGUUUAUCUUGAAUAAUACAAAUUAUUGUUAACUAUACUUAUUUUAUGAAUAAAACAUUUGUUUUUCUUCUAACACAAUUAUUCACACUACUUAACUAUAAUACCUAGGUAACAAGAUUCAAGGGCGCCCAUGCAGGGGGGUGCCGGUGGAGACCAUGAUCACCCCCCGCUAUUUUAGUUAAUAUUAAAUAUGAAUUGUUUUAUUACUUAAAUAUUUAAGCCAUGAUUGCUUAUAAUUGGUAAGUUGUAAAAAAAAGUCUUACACUUUUGACAUUGGCUCCCCUCAGUUUAUAUUUCUGCGGGCGCCCUUGAUAGGUAUAUUAUAAUGUGUUUUUGCUAAUUGUUUUUUAUGAUUUGAUUUUAGCCUAAUAUAUAUAUAUAUAUAUAUAUUCACCAUGGGCAUGCCACCUCCAGAACAUACCGAUUGGCUUAUGAUCGUUGGAAUAUGUUUCAUAGUCAGCUGUCUAGUAAUAGGAAUACUGUUUAUUGUUUGUUGUUUUUGGUCUAAAUGCCUACUGUUCGACUGCUGUCGACCGAACUACAACAAUACUUUCGUUAUAUCUUACGGUAAAUAUAUUAUACAAAUGGAUUUAUUUGAUCGGUAUACGAUAUGUUAAUAAUUGAUCAUAGUACAGAUAUAUGCAACACUGUCAACUAGGUUAACGAGUAGGUUAGUCUAGUACCUACCUACGUUUAUAAAUAUAUCAAACUGAAACUGUUAAACAUAUUAUUAAUGUUACAUGAUUUCUUAUAGUUACCAUAUUUGGUAAUUUAGCCUAAAACAUGUUCCGUGAUACCCACUGCAGUAGCACAGACCAUUUCAGUAGAUAAUGAAUAUGUGUACAAAUAAUAGUAUAUUAUUUACUAUACAACUCAGAUACUAUAAAAUACAUUUUAUGGCAAAUUCUCAAAUGUGUUGCAAUGUUAUACGAGUACUGAAAAUUAAAAUAAUAAACAAAACGCGUUCUAAAAAAUGUAAUACGUACUUUAGAUUCUGAAUGUGCUGAAGAAGUUAUUAUAAUUUUACUAAAAUGUGUUUUUUUCAACAGAUAAAAUGCUCUAAUUUUAAAACGCUUAGCUUAAGUAUUUUAUAAUAUAUGAUAUUAUAUGAAAAAAAAAACAUAUUAUGCAUUAAUUUUCCAUUAAAUGUAUUAAUUAUAGAUAAUAUUAUAGAUAGAUACUUAUAUUAAUAAAUUUUACUUUUGUAGACAAGCCAGAAGAAGCGUUAAAUUUACCACCGGAAGAUAUGAACAACUCAACUUGUUACUCGCCAGUACGAAUUAAAAAACUCAAUACAUACGAAAUAUGACUACAUUUUUGGGAAUUUUAUAGUAAAUAAAACCUU